AUGACUGCCGUCGCAAAUCCUCCAACUUUCCCGCAAAUUUCCCGGCCGCCAUGGGCUACUAUUAACGGCAACAACCAGAUGAACUCAGAGGAUGUCAGAGGCAUGUUCAUGAACCGCAAGAGUAUUUCGCGAAGCAACUCGUCCUCGUCCAUCGCCUCCAACGCCUCCAAUACGACUGUUGCGACGAAUGGCUCCCACUCCAAUGCCACAUCGCUGUCAUCAGCUUCGGAUCUGAGUCAGUGGUCGAAUGGCAGCGCAAACAGAAAGAGGCCUCAACCGAAGAACCCUUGGCCAGCUGGUAAAGGAGACGCGCAGUCGGACUUUUCGAGGCCUCCCCAAGGACGACCCAACGGCAUGGUGCCUCACGCCACCAUGCAGCAAGGCGGACCGGGACAGCCUCAGAUGGGACCCCAGGGCAUGGUGCGACCCAUGGGGCCCAACGAGCAGCAGUUCCCUCCCGGCCAGCCCAUGCUCUACCUGCUGUCCUUGAACGGCACCUUUGAGCGCAAGACGAUUGCCGUGCCCUUUGCGCCCGACUCCAUACGCAUCGGCCGACAGACGAACCAGAAGACGGUGCCGACUGCUACGAAUGGCUUCUUCGAUAGUAAAGUGCUGUCACGACAGCAUGCGGAAAUCUUCGCCGAGCGAAAUGGAAAAAUCUACAUCCGAGACGUCAAGUCGUCCAACGGCACCUUUGUCAACGGCACCCGACUGUCCCAGGAGAAUCGCGAGUCUGAGCCUCACGAACUCCAGACUGCCGACCAUCUCGAGCUAGGCAUUGAUAUCGUCAGCGAAGAUCAGAAGACGGUGGUCCACCACAAGGUAGCCGCGAAAAUCGAGCACGCGGGCUUCUUGAAUACGACAAACAACGUUUUGGAUAUGAACUUUGGAGACCUCGAUCCUGCCAACAACGCCAUGAUGAUCCCGGCUGGAGUGCAGAUGCGAGGCCGCGCUGGAAGCAACAUGUCCAUGGGCAACAAUGGCCGCAUGAUGGUUAACGGCGGAACCAUGAAUGGCCAUAUGAACGGCAUGGCGCAACAGCGUCCCUUUUUCUUGACACCCAUUGCUACGGAUCAGAUCCUAAAGCGUCUUGCUAAUGAAAUGAGGAGCGCCAAGCUCCAGGCUCAAGAUCUGAAUCGCACGAGCCAGUUCAUCAACACUCUCCUAUCCAAAGACGACCUAAAGGACGUUGAGAAACUUGAAGCUUCGGAACCGCCGAAACCUCAGACCAUGGUCAACGGCAAUCUUUCCUUCCGGUCAGACCCAAAGGCGCGCUUCUCCGAUCCUCCUGCACCACCGCCUCAACAGCCUCUUCCCGAAAAGCCAGAUGUGCCCUCUCUCAAGCGAGGUUCCUCGGACAGACCCAAGUUAGACUCGGCGACCGCGUCUCCGAUUCGUCAAGAAAAUCUUAGCCAAAUCAUCCAGCUGACUGAAGCACUUAAUAAUGCGAAGCGAGAUAUUGAUACCCAGACGGCGCGUAUGCGAGAGUUGGAGUUGAUGCUUCAGAAGGAGCGGGAAGCACGCGAGUUGGCAGAAGAGCUGGCACGGCGCCUUGAAGAAUCGGCCAACAAUGCCCAGGUUAAUGGCGUGCAGUCGCACGAAAGGCACGAUGAAGCUGAGGGAGCAGUACACGAGGAGGCCAAUGACGCCGACGAGACGGAGACGGUGCUGCCAGAGGCGGAAGAGAUGCCAGAGGCGGACAAGGUGGCGCAGGAGACCGCAGCAGCAUUGCAAUCUCGCAUCGACACCAUGGACGAGCAGAUGCGGGAGCUGAGGAUGCAGAUGGAGCAGUGGAGGGCCCGGUGCGAGGCGGCCGAAGCGGAGCGCGACUCGUGCAGGAAGACCCUUGAGGAGAUGGUCAUUCAGCUGCGAGAGGAGGAGGCAAAGCGGGUCGCGGCCGAGGAACGACGACGAUCUCGCUCAAGGGCACUCCGCGCCGAACGAGACGAGGCAGCAGAAAAGGCGACCACGGCUGCCUCCCCCACUCCUGAAGCCGCUCAACUGGCAUCAAAGCAGGAAAAGUCUGCGACGAUUCCCGACGAGGACUCGGCAGACGUCCCAACUCUCUCGAGGGCCAAUACGGUCACGCCUCAAGCCUCACCGAGAGGAGGCCCUCUAGCCAGCCAGCACCUUCGCGCCGGCAUUCCAUACGCCUCGAUGAUCGGCGUGGUUCUGCUUGGCAUGGGGCUAAUGGCGUACAUGAACGGAUGGCAAUCAUCGCCGCCUCACGCCGCCGAAUGA